CCAGAAACCUACUGCUUAAUCUCCCUCUGAACACUCCACUCCUGACAACAUGUGCUACUACGGAGGAUAUUAUGGAGGCCUGGGCUAUGGCUAUGGAGGCCUAGGGUAUGGUUGUGGCUGUGGCUAUGGCUGUGGAUAUGGUGGCUAUGGCUAUGGCUGCUGCCGCCCACUGUGCUGUGGAAGAUACUGGUCUUAUGGCUUCUACUGAGGACAUUAUGCAGAGACCCAGCCUUUCUAACCAGAAGGUCUUCCAAGUCUUUUUACACCAAGAACACACCAAUGUCUUCAAAAUUUAUAACUUCAGGACAGAAUACGUAAAAUACAAUUGAAGUACAACACAGUCACCUAAUUCCUCAUCUGAAUUUGGACCAUGAUUGCGUUUUAUGUUAAUUUUAUCGUACUCUGUACAAUGAUUUUAAA